GGUAAAGAUUUCAUAUUUCUUUGAUCAGACUCUAACGAUGCGUGUCGCUACACUUAACCUAAAAUGUUUGUAUUAUCUUAGAUAAUUAUUUUACUCUUUUUUAUAAUUUAUAAAAAUAUUAAAACGUUUCGUGGGAUUAAAAAGAAAAAAAAAAAAAAAUGACUACGAAAAGGAAACCUGAAACACAAGUACCAGCAGAAGAAAGUGAUUUACUUUCAAUUCGACCACUUGGUGCGGGUCAAGAGGUUGGAAGAUCGUGUAUAAUGUUGGAAUUUAAAGGAAAAAAAAUUAUGUUGGACUGUGGUAUACAUCCUGGAUUAUCUGGUAUGGACGCUUUACCAUUUGUAGAUUUAGUAGAAGCUGAUGAAAUAGAUUUGUUACUGAUCUCACAUUUUCAUUUGGAUCAUUGCGGUGCCUUACCGUGGUUUCUUCAGAAGACAAGUUUCAAAGGACGUUGUUUCAUGACUCAUGCAACUAAAGCAAUUUAUCGUUGGCUUUUAUCUGAUUAUAUUAAAGUAAGUAAUAUUGCAACAGAGCAAAUGCUAUAUACAGAAUCAGAUUUAGAGACUAGUAUGGAUAAAAUAGAAACAAUAAAUUUUCAUGAGGAAAAAGAUGUUUUUGGGAUAAAGUUUUGGGCAUAUAAUGCUGGACACGUGUUAGGUGCUGCUAUGUUUAUGAUAGAAAUAGCUGGUGUUAAAAUUUUAUAUACUGGAGAUUUUAGUCGUCAAGAGGAUAGGCAUUUAAUGGCUGCUGAAAUACCAAAUAUCCAUCCGGAUGUAUUAAUAACAGAAUCUACGUAUGGAACACAUAUUCAUGAGAAGAGAGAAGACAGAGAAGGAAGAUUUACAAAUUUAGUUCAUGAAAUUGUUAAUCGAGGUGGUAGAUGUUUGAUACCAGUUUUUGCUUUAGGAAGAGCACAAGAACUUCUUCUUAUUUUGGAUGAAUAUUGGAGUCAACAUCCUGAAUUACAUGAAAUACCAAUUUAUUAUGCAUCUUCUUUGGCAAAAAAAUGUAUGGCUGUUUAUCAAACAUACGUGAAUGCAAUGAAUGAUAAAAUUAGACGGCAGAUAGCAAUUAAUAAUCCAUUUGUAUUCAAACAUAUUUCAAAUUUAAAAGGUAUUGAUCAUUUUGAAGAUAUUGGACCUUGCGUGGUUAUGGCAUCUCCAGGUAUGAUGCAAAGUGGCUUAUCAAGAGAAUUAUUUGAAUCUUGGUGUACUGAUGCAAAGAAUGGUGUUAUAAUAGCUGGUUACUGCGUAGAGGGUACAUUAGCAAAAACUAUUUUAUCGGAACCAGAAGAAAUUACAACUAUGUCCGGACAGAAAUUGCCAUUGAAAAUGUCAGUCGAUUACAUAUCAUUUUCAGCUCACACUGAUUAUCAACAAACUUCAGAAUUUAUACGUAUUUUGAAACCACCGCAUGUAGUACUUGUACAUGGUGAACAGAAUGAAAUGGGAAGAUUAAAAGCUGCUUUACAACGAGAAUAUGAAGAUGAUCCAAAUACCACAAUGGAAAUUCAUAAUCCUAGGAAUACAGUUGCUGUAGAGUUAUAUUUUAGAGGAGAAAAAACUGCUAAAGUUAUGGGCACAUUAGCCAUGGAAACACCAAAUCCAGGACAAAAAUUAUCUGGUGUUUUGGUUAAACGUAAUUUUAAUUAUCAUAUGUUAGCUCCUUGUGAUUUAUCAAAAUACACAGAUAUGAGUAUGAGUCAAGUUAUACAACGGCAAAGUGUCUACUUUUCAGCUUCGUUACCAGUAUUAAAACAUCUUCUAACGCAAAUAGCCGGCAACUUAGAAGUUAUAGAUGAUAAAAAAUUAAGGGUUUUUAAAAAUAUUGAUGUGACUAUUGAUGGAAAGAUUGUUAUGAUGGAAUGGAUUGCCACACCAGUGAAUGAUAUGUAUGCAGACUCUGUUUUAACUGCAAUAUUGCAAGCUGAGAUGAUGGAACAACCUCCUAAAAUGUUACCUGCACCAACAAAAAUGGAUAGAAUGCAUUUUAAAGAAUGUCUAAUAGAAAUGUUACAAGAAAUGUUCGGAGAAGAUUCAGUUCCGAAAAUUUUUAAAGGAGAAAAAUUAUAUGUAACUGUUGAUGGUAAAAAGGCACAUAUAGAUUUAUUAAACUUAGAAGUUACCAGUAAAGAUGACGAAACUUUCCAACAAAUAGUACAAACAGCUGUAACAAAGCUACAUCAAUCAUUAGCACCACCUUGUGAUACAAUAUGAGUGAUUACAUUUUCAAAUAUUUUUAUAUGCUUGCACAAUACAUAUUAUGAAAUAUGAUUUAUUUCGAUUAAUAUUUUAAUAUAUCAAAAAUACAUAAAAUAUAGAAAUUACAUUUCCAUUGAUUUUCUAAUAUGACAAGGUAUAUAUUAUAAUAGUUUAUAAUCGGUACAUUCUUCAUUCUGUAAAUAUGAUUUAAAAUUCACGAUAUCAUAUAAUAUUUUAUAUUAUUUUAAAUAAGUUAAAAAUUAAAUAAAUAAAAAAUUAAUAAUAAAUUAAAGAUUAA